AUGACAAACUGCACCACGACCCAGGUGCCAAUGGAGCCGCGCCUGAAGAUGAGCAAGAUCAGCUCAAACCCACCGGUGGAUGCCACGAUGUAUCGUUCCAUCGUCCGUGGUCUCCGCUACCUGGUGCAUAGCAGGCCCGACAUUGCGUUCGCAGUGGGCUUCGUCAGUCGCUUCAUGGAGAAGCCGACACUGGAACACCUGAGCAUGGUCAAGCAUCUCCUUCGGUACAUUGUUGGCACCAAGAGCUACGGGUGCUUACUUCGUGGCGGCGGCGAGCAGCUCGAGCUCGUGGGCUACAGUGAUGCAGACCUGGCCGGUGACCUGGAUGAUCGCAAGAGCACAACGGGCAGUCUCUUCCUCAUCAACGGCUGCCCAGUGACUUGGCAAUCUGUCAAGCAGAAGACGGUGGCACUCUCCUCAUGUGAAGCAGAAUACAUGGCUGCCAAAGCAACGGCGUGCCAGGCAGCUUGGCUCCAUCGUCUUCUCGGCGAACUGCUCAACAAGGAGGAGGAGAUGGUGAAGCUCUUCAUCGACAAUCAAAACACCAUACAGCUGAUCAAGAACCCAGUGUUCCAUGAUCGCAACAAGCAUAUCGACACUCGCCACCACUUCAUCAGGGAGUACGUCGCAGACGGCAGGGUCACCGUCGAACACAUUGGCACCACCAACCAGCUCGCCGAUAUUCUCACCAAGUCUCUUGGGCGCGUUCGGUUCCAGGACCUGCACGCGAGGAUCGGCGUCACCAACAUCAUCCGCGACUAA